ACAUUUGAAUGUUAAUAAAAGUUUCACAAGAUUACUCUUGAAGAUGGAAAUUUAGCUGAGCCAUUGUCUGACGUUUCCCAAAUUAUUGAAACAGUAGUGCUUAUUAAAUCCACAAAAAAAAUAUUUCAAUCCCCAAAUAUAACACAUUUUCGUUUAUUCGAAUUUCGCGCCAUUGAAUGAACCACAUGGCCGCCAUCUUAAAAAAGGGCAGCUUUCAGUACAUGAAUAAAUGACUCACAUCCUACCAAUUCGAGUAUUCUCCCUAUAAUAUCUUAUAAAAUAAUUUAUUUUCAGAUUUGAUUUUCAUUAUUUUCAAAAUUAUGAUAAAGAUCUCAAACGGUGUUGAUGAAAUACCUACAUCUGCUAAAAUUUUCAUAACGAAUCAAUUGGGAGAUGGUGGUAUUGUGCCUAUUAAUAUAAGCGGUCGUUUAACCAACGAAUUAGGAAAGGAGCUCCUGAAAGCAGCAUCUGAUGGGGACGUGGAUGAAACCCAAAGGUUACUUUAUGAAGGCGCCCCUUUCACAGCUGAUUGGCUAGGAACCAGCCCCCUUCAUCUAGCUGCACAAGGCAAUCAUGUGGAAAUAUGCGAAAUAUUAUUGAGGGCUGGAAUUUCCACUAAUGCAAGAACUAAAGUCGAUAGGACUCCUCUUCAUAUGGCUGCAUAUGAAGGACAUUUAGAAGUUGUAAAAUUAUUAUUGAAGGAAGAAGCUGACGUGGAUGAGACUGAUUUGUUAGGUAUGACGCCUCUCCAUUGGGCAGUGCAAAAUGGUCACUUUGACGUAGUACAAGCCCUAUUGAACGGUGGAGCCCACCAGGAUAUGGAGAAUAAGUUUGGUUUGAAACCUAUAGAUAUAGCGCACCAGAUUGAAAGGUAUGAUAUAAUUGAGUUACUCGAGGAGGGAGUAUUGGAAGAUCCUACAUCGGCUACGGAAAAUCUGGCUAUCGAGAUGGCUACUGAAGAUGAAAACGUUGAACAAUUGACCUUGUCUAAUAAUACCAUCACAAUGGAAGAUAUCGAUGAUUCCUCUAAUGCCUUAGACGAUAAAAUACAUGAGAUGAAAUUCAAAUGUGAACCGGAAAUGGAUAACUCUUUGUCGGAUUCUAUGAAAAUCUUGCAAGAACAUGGUAUAACCCUUUUACCGACUGAUGAUGACAAUAAUAUUCUUAGUACGGUGAUGGAAAGCGGCCAUUCUGUAGUUUUAACAGAGGUGGGAAAGCAAAUUUUGGAGUCGGUGAAAGCUGAGGAAGAAUCCUCUCAAAACAUAACAAGAAAUCUAGUGAAUCUUGAGCGGGAGAGAUUCAUUACUGUGAGUCCCAGCGAUUUACUGACUUUGUCUCCGCAACCUACGGUUGAAAAGAAGGAGAGGUCGAAGGUGAUUAAUAAAGAGUCACGAAACAUCAAACGAAUAGUGAUGAAGAAGAAUAAGCUGCAACCAAUGUCUUUGACACCGAAUAUUCUCAAACAAGCGAAUCAGAAUGUUCAAUUGUUCCGACCCAGCUCUAAAGAAACAGAAAAUGAGAGAUUAUCGAAAGAAUUAGCUGAAGCGAAGAGGACGAUAGAGGAAUACAAGCAAAAACUGUUAGAGAAAGAGGCAGAGUUAGAGACUUACAAAUUGAAGUUAAAACUUCUGGGGUACAGUUGACCUGAUUGUUUCCUUAUUUUUUUGUACAUAUUCAUUUUUAACCUCGCAUUGACUCACUCCUCGAAGUUAUUUAUUGUUGUAAAAUAUGAAUCGAGUCACCUGAUCAUGAUUACAAGGUAAAAGACAUCGGAGAGGCUUUCUUGUUGGUUAUUAUUGUAUUAUCUCUUUUCAUCCUAUCUGAUUUGUGCCUUAAAAGGAACUGAAUGAAAUAUGUCCCCAUUAUGGCCUCCUUUAAUCCAAACGAAACAAGUCUUUAUUGCUCAUUUGGAAGGAGAUGGCGGUUCACACGACGACCACGUUUUUCACCGUAUCGUAAUUUAUGACGAAUCGUUAUUUUUCACGUAUCGUGAUUUAUGACGGAUCGUUUUUUUCGACGUAUCGUGAUUUAUGACGAAUCGUUAUUUUCGAGUUGAAUGUCUAAAAACAAUCAGGAGUGUGAACCGAAAGUUAGAGUGUUAUUCAGUUUCGAAAAUUGUAUUCAGAUAUUUCAGUUUUAUUUCUUGGAUUGUUUUGAAGAUGAUGAAGAUUUUAAGGAAAUGUGAUAAUUUUUGAGUGAUGUUUAGUCAUUGUCUUCGGAAUAAACUGUUAUUUUUAUUAUUAUAUUUGUUAUUUCGAAAAUAAAAAUUGUUUUUAUGAAA